AUGGCCUUCUGGGAAGGAGGGUUUGCUGGAAGGAAGAAGACAGCCCUGUGGUCGGUACUGGCCCUGCUGGCCGUGUCCACUCUCAUCCUGACCAUCGGCCUCGCUGCCACCACCCGCACGGAGAACGUGUCUGUGGGCGGCUACUACCCGGGCAUCAUUCUGGGCUUUGGCUCUUUCCUGGGGAUCCUCGGCGUCCACCUGGUGGAGAACAGAAGGCAGAUGCUGGUGGCCGCCAUCAUCUUCAUCAGCUUCGGCGUGGCGGCUGCCUUCUGCUGUGCCGUUGUGGACGGCGUGUUCGCUGCCCGGCACAUGGACCCACGUCCCCUCGCGGCAGGACGGUGCCAGUUCUACUCCAGCGGGGCAGGGCACCUGCAGGGUGUGUACCAGGCAGAGGUCACCUGCCACUCCUCCAAUGGCAAGUGCCAACUGAAGGUGAAGAGUAACACCUGCUACUGCUGUGACCUCUACACCUGCCACAGCACGGAGCUUCCCCUCCCCUACUACGAGUUCGUGGGUGUGCGCGGCUGUGGGGACGCCCUCCACCUCUACCGGCUGCUCUGGGCCUCGGCCGUGCUCAAUGUGCUGGGCCUGUUCCUGGGCGCUGCCACGGCCGCCGUCCUGGGCGCCUUCAAGGACAUGGUCCCCUGGAACCAGCUGGCCUCUGGCCUGGCCUGCUCCCCGCAGACCCUCCAUGGCCCUGCCCGCCAGGUUCUGGCCCACCCAGACCUCUGCCCGGUGCCUGCACUGCCCACCUGCUCAUCCUACCCGCUGCCCCUCCAGCCCUCUGGUCACUGCCCCGUCUCGCUGGCCCCUGGCCUCUCCCUGUCCGAGAACCUGUCACAUCCGUCCAGUUCCAGCUGCGGGCUUCCGCCUGACGCCCCCUUCUAUGUUCCAGUCCACCUUCUCCCGGGGGAGAAGCCCCCACCCUACGCACCGUGA